UGACCAUCUCCCACGUGGUAUACACAAAACAAAAUGGCGACUAACUGUAUAACACUUUGACUACCUAAACUUUGGUAAAAAAAUAACUGAGUCUCUUGUAUCAGGACGUUUAAAACAUGCUGCGAAGAAAAGCUAAGCGAGAAGUUCACAUAACUACGGACGAAACUCCCUCAGAGAACAAGCGAAGGAAAGCUGUUGUUGACAACGGAGACGAAGAGUCGGAUUUGGAGAGAUUGGUGUUUGGCGCAGAACACGAUUUGUUCGCCAAACUCGACAGAGCAGUCGAGACUAAGUCAUCCGAUUCUGAAGACGAGUCUGAUGAAGACCAUGAUGGUGAUGAUGACAAGCCUGGGAAUAUUGCGGCUGAUGGGCAUGCAGCUAAAUGGGUUGAUAAAGAUGAUGACAUAGAAAGCAUUGAUGUGUCAGCAGAGGCCAAGCUUAGGAAGUUAAGAGACACAAAGGACCAAACAAUUCUCAGAGGCACCAAGUAUACACAGAAACUGAGGACACAAUUUGAAAAGAUUUAUGGAGAUGGAAACUGGGCCAGUCUGGAGAAGAAAAAGAAGAAAAGAAAAGACAGUGAAGGUGAUGGAAGUACUGAUGAUGAUGAUGAUGAUGAAAUACUGGCAAGAACAGGUAGAAAUCUUGCUACACAGUCAGAGAGGCUGCCAAAAGGCCUCUUAAGUAUCAAGCGGGUGAAGGACGCCAAUGCAGCCAAGCCAGCAAAUGUUACUGUCCAGUCCCUGGAAUUUCAUCCAAGUGCCAAAGUACUUCUGACUGCUGGGCUAAACAAAACCCUUGAUAUUUUUCAGGUUGAUGGCAAGGAGAACCCAAAACUACAAAGCGUGUUUGUCAACAGGUUCCCAAUCCACAAUGCACAUUUCACCUGUGAUGGUGAACAAGUGAUUAUGUCCUCUCGUCGGAAGUAUUUCUAUGUGUAUGAUAUGAUCAAGGGACAAGUAACUCGAAUACCAGGCAUAAGAGGUCGCCAUGAGAGAAAUUUAGAAAAAUUCAAAGUAUCCCCAGAUGGGAAGCAUCUUGUAUUUCUUGGUGAUAAUGGCUACAUGAUUCUUCUAUCCAGCAAGACCAAGCAGUGGGUGGGUAAUCUGAAGAUGAACGGCUCUGUCAAGGAUGUCACUUUUUCAGCUGAUGGAUCUCGCAUGUAUAGCACAGGAAGUGAUGGAGAGGUGUAUGUCUGGGAUAUGACAACAAGAAGCUGUGUGCACAAGUUUGUGGAUGAUGGAUGCUUGACCGGCACAGCUUUGGCAGCAUCAAAGGAUGGCAAAUAUCUUGCUUGCGGGUCUGAUAGUGGCAUUGUUAACAUCUAUGAUGAUCAAUGUUUACUCCAGUCUCAGCCAAGACCACUAAAGUCAGUUACCAACCUGGUGACAUCUGUCACAGGCACUCAAUUCAAUUCAUCCAGUGAAAUAUUGGCAAUAUCAUCUCGAGUCACCAAGGAUGCCUUUAAACUUGUCCACCUCCCUUCAAUGACUGUGUUCUCUAACUGGCCUAACAGUAAGGUUCCAUUGCGUUACGUCAAUGCCUUUGACUUUUCACCAAACAGUGGCUUCUUGUCCAUUGGAAACGAUCGUGGUACUGCCCAGCUCUAUCGGUUAAAUCAUUAUACAGACUCCUGACAGCAGUGAGAGAAAAUGGGCGAAAGAUCCUAUACCAUAUGUAUGUUAUCCUUCUCAUCAUCAUCAUCAGUCAUCAUUGUAAUCACAUCAUUACCAAUGGCAAUGUUUUGAAGUCAUUGAAAUGUAUGACAGACGCUUUAAGAUGAAGGUCUCUACUAUCUGAAUUCAUGAUUAGGGUCUCUAUCUGGUUUUAAUACAGUAGAGGGCAGUUUUUCGAAAAAGGUUAAGAUGGUGCCUCGAAAAAAAGUAAAGACGGACGGUACAUGCAACAGCUAGAUUGAACCUAUGUUUCAUACAUCGUUCUGUAUUUUAUUACCAUGGAAGAGAAAAAAAUAUAUCACAAUCAAAUACA